AUAAUAAACAACUGUUGUAGUGUGGUUGUACUAAACAUAUAUUAUGCAACAUAAUUCUAUCGCCGAAGCGCCUAUGCAGUUUGUCGUCACGCUAUUAUCCAGACGGUCAGCUGUUUGUGUGGCGCCGUUCAAAAAAAUCGAACUUACAACGAGCACGCACUACACUAUAUAAUAUUUUUUGGUUGUUUUCAUUGUUGUUCGUUUCUUUGAACACAAUUAUUUUUACUUAUAAACGUUUUCAAUGACUAUUUUUAUUCCACGCACACAUUAUAGAGCAUUAUGAACGCGGUUAAAAGAAACAGAGUUUUAGAGCUAUGUAUUUCGAUUCUAAUAUCUUCGAUAUGUCCCACUGUAGUUGUCGCAAUGUACCAAAAUUAUGCAGUUGUAAACGGACACAUGGGAAACAAAUUCGAUUCGAAUACCUUAAGACUGGUCCACGUGGUGUUUAGGCACGGAGAACGGACGCCUGCCGACACGUACCCUCUGGAUCCGUAUAUAAAUUCGUCGUGGGAGCCAUUCGGGUGGGGUCAACUGACAAAUAAUGGCAAACGAAAACAAUACGAGCUCGGAAAAUUUAUCAGAAAGCGUUACUCUGGAUUCUUGGAUGUCCUAUAUUCUUCAAAAAAGGUCACAUUUAGAAGUACUGACGUAGACAGAACCAAAAUGAGCGCUCAGCUAGUCGCGUCUGCUAUAUACAAGCCAGUUGGUGUACAGAAAUGGAAUAAAUAUUUAGAUUGGCAACCCGUUCCGAUACAUUCUGAACCUCUGAAUGACGACCGAUUGUUGUUAGUGCGAAUAGACUGUCCCAAGUACCACGAAGAAAGACAUAAAAUAAUGAAUUCCGCCGAAGUUCUCGAAGAGCUCAAUACUUAUAGUGAUUUAUAUAGUUAUCUGUCCAAUCACACAGGACUGGCCAUUAAAGAUCCCGACGAUGUACAAUCCAUUUAUAGUACGCUAAAAGCUGAGUCGGACUAUGGAGUUGCUCUUCCAAGUUGGACAUCCAAAGUAUAUCCAACGAAAUUGACCAAAGUGACAUCUAGAAGUUUUAUACUAAACGCAUACAAUAAUGAAAUGAAAAAGCUCAAAGGAGGUCCAUUACUAAAACAAAUACUGGAAAAUAGUAUAAAUAAAAUAAACAAACUGUCUACACAUCAGUUAUAUGCUUACGCUGGUCACGAUUCAACUAUAGCCAAUCUUUUAAUUACCUUGGGUGUAUGGGAUGAGCAAAUUCCCACCUAUAAUAUGUUAGCAUUACUAGAGGUACACGAAUUAAAGAGAGGAGAUUUCUAUUUAAAGGUGUUUUUGCGUAACGAAUCAUCGACAGAGCCUUAUCACUUACAAAUACCUAAUUGUAAGGACAAUUUAUGUACUAUGGAACGCAUUAUGAACUUGACGGCGAACGUGAUACCAUCGAAUUUGAGUGAAGAAUGCAAGACUGAUAAUCCUAAAUUUUCGAGCUUAAAGUUUAUUGACCGAGGUCCAUAAUAUCACAGUUAGAAAGUGUUAAUGAAUAUGAUUACAUAAUCUUGAACGUUUGUUUUAUCAUAUAUUUAAUAAGGAUUACCAGCUAAAAUAUUAAUAUGUGAUAACUUUAUUUUUAUUUAUUUUAUUUAAACAAAGAUUUUGUUUAUUUUUAUUAUUCAAGAAGAGUUAUUUGUAUGAAGAUUUCCAAUAUUGCCUUUUGAUAAUUGUAUUUUACAUCGUUUUAUGGCUGUAUUUGUAUGAAAUUAUCUCAAUUUCAUUAUAUAUAUAUAAUAUAUAUAUAGGUAUAUAUAAAAUAUAUCUUUAUUUGAAUGUUAUUAUUAUUUAAAAUAACAACAAAAUAUACCAAAAAUCUAAAAUAAAAGUAUCGUAUAUAUAAAAAAUUGUGUAUUAUGUACUUUAGAAGUUAAGUUGAAUAAAUUUCCAAUAUUUUUAUUAUUAUAUGAUGUACGACAUGUUGUUUAAUAAUAUUAUUUAUUAUUAUAUAGCAUAUUUAAUUAUUAGUUUUUAUCAACUGAAUAAGUGAAUACAACAUAAUCAUAUUAUAUUAUAGAUAUAAUUAUUAUUAAAUAAACUAUUAUUUAUAUUCCUUA